AUGUCAGUUGGAACUUUGUUCAAGCGCGAACUUACGGGGAGGAGGUUGAUAUGGAAUGUGUUGUGGUAUGGGGUGCAUUUCUUCCUAUUCGCCUAUGGUUGGUACUCUCAAGAAACCAACACACGACUCGCAGCCUUGAAUGGAUUGAAGUUUUCGGUCUGGACAUCUCGUGGAGCUGGGCUGGUCCUAGCGUUUGACGGGGGGAUGAUUCUGUUGCCUAUGUUGAGGAAUAUAAUAAAACUUGUCAGACCGAAAUUACAAUGGCUCUUUCCCGCCGAUGAGAAUAUCUGGUUUCAUCGUCAAGUAGCUUACCAGAUGUUAUUCUGGACUAUGGUGCAUACUACCGCGCACUAUGUCAACUUUAUCAACGUAGAGAGGACUCAAGUCCGAAAGCAGACAGCGUGGGAGAUCCACUAUACUCAACCGGGUGGACUCACAGGUCACGUCAUGUUGCUCAUCAUGCUUCUCAUCUAUACCACCGCUCACGCUUCGGUUCGACAACAAUGUUUCGAGGCGUUUUGGUACACUCAUCAUCUCGCUUUCUUCUUCAUGGUCGGUUUGUACACCCAUGCGACCGGCUGUUUCGUUCGAGAUUCCGUCGAUCCGGAUUACAUCCCUACCUUUCCCUUCUACUCGACUGAUCAUUGUCUCGGAUACGAGAGUUGGAGGUUCACCAUCUGGCCUGGGAUCUUGUACUUUGGUGAGAGAAUGUGGCGCGAGGUUCGUGCCAGACGUCAAACCAAUAUCGUCAAAGUCCUCUCUCACCCAUCUGGCGCUCUUGAAGUCCGUUUCGUCAAGCCAAGUUUCAAGUACAAAGCCGGUCAAUGGCUGUUCCUCAACUGUCCCGAUGUCUCAAAGUUUCAAUGGCAUCCGUUCACCAUUUCCUCUGCUCCUGAAGAUCCAUUCGUCUCGGUCCAUAUACGUCAAGUCGGAGAUUUUACCAAAGCAUUCGGUGCCCGACUGGGUGCUCAGGUGAACACAGUCAGCGGUGAACAGUUGGUCGGGGAGAAAGAUGUCGGUAGGCGAGGAGACUUCAUUGAGAUCAACCCAAGCAGUAUUGGUUUGGGUAUGCCCACAUUGAGGAUUGAUGGACCAUAUGGUGCACCCGCCGAAGACGUUUUCAAAUCGGAAGUCGCUGUCUUGAUCGGUGCUGGUAUUGGUGUAACCCCAUUUGCAUCCAUCCUAAAACAUAUCUGGUACGCUCAAAAGGCCGGUCGUCUUGGUGCUCUGCGCAGAGUCGAGUUCAUUUGGUCGUGCCGUGAUACCGGCUCGUUCGGUUGGUUCCAGAGUAUUUUGGAAGAAAUUGAAGCUGCCCAGACUGAUCCCAACUUUUUACGCAUCUCGAUCUACUUGACACAGAAGAUGGACAUUGACGCCGUACAAAACAUUGCGAUCAAUGACGUGGGACAAGAGUACGAUCCAUUGACUCUCCUCCGUUCCCGGACGUUAUUCGGUCGACCAGAUUUCCGCCAAAUCUUCUCGUCGCUCUCGAACAGUAUCGAGAAUGGAUCGUAUCUUCAAGGCAGGGAGGCAAGUUUACGCACUCGCUUGGGUGUUUAUUUCUGUGGCCCAAACAACCUAGCUAGGGUCAUCCGUACUGAAGCGAUGAAAUGUAAGACUCCUAACGUAGAUGUCAAGUUUGUCAAGGAGCAUUUUUAG